CCCCAGCAUCUCCACCCGAGCGGGGCGCCCUUCGCAGGGCGGGGUAACCCAGGCUCCGGGGUCUUUGGCUCGGGUCCAGCCUGAGGCCCAGGGCGGCGGCGGCGGCAGCAGCGGCGGGCGGAGUUUGGGGGUUUUUUAUAUCCCUGGCAAGCUGCUCAGGAAGUGAGUGCCUUCCCGCGCCCCCUCCCCCGGCCACGCCACCGCGCGCUCGCUCCCUCUCUUCCUGCGCGCUGGGCGGCGAGACUGUGCGGCCACCGUGGACCAGAGGCCCCAGGCACACAGGAGACCGGUGAUGCUGCCCAGACUGUGAACAGGGGAGGCAGCACUGUAGGGGCUGCCAGCAGCCGGGGCUGGGGAGAGACAUGUGGACACGUAGCCCCUAUGGCUUCUGCCUGCCAGAUCCUCCGCUGGGCCCUUGCCCUGGGGCUGGGCCUCACAUUCAAGGUCACGCAUGCCUUCAGAUCUCAAGAUGAACUCCUGUCCAGUUUGGAGAGCUAUGAGAUUGCCUUCCCAACUCGUGUGGAUCACAACGGGGCAAUGCUGGCCUUCUCUCAACCUGCCCUCCGGAGGCAGCGUCGGGGUACGGGGGCCACAGCAGUGGAGUCCCGUCUGUUCUACAAGGUGGCCGCACCUAGCACUCACUUCCUGCUGAAUUUGACCCGCAGCCCCCGUCUACUGGCAGGGCACGUCUCCGUGGAAUACUGGACACGGGAGGGCCUGGCCUGGCAGAGGGCUGCCCGAGCCCACUGCCUCUACGCUGGCCACCUGCAAGGCCAGGCUGGCAGCUCCCAUGUGGCCAUCAGCACCUGUGGGGGCCUGCAUGGUCUGAUCGUGGCAGGUGAGGAAGAGUAUCUGAUUGAGCCCCUGCAAGGUGGGCCCAAAGGUCGCCGUGGUGCAGAAGAGAGUGGCCCCCACGUAGUAUACAAGCGUUCCUCUCUGCGUCACCCCCAUCUGGACACAGCCUGUGGAGUGAGAGACGAGAAACCAUGGAAAGGUCGUCCAUGGUGGUUGCGUACCCUGAAACCACCGCCUGCUAGGCCCCUGGGGAAUGAAACAGAGCGAGGCCAGCCGGGCCUGAAGCGAUCAGUCAGCAGGGAGCGUUAUGUGGAGACCCUGGUGGUAGCUGACAAGAUGAUGGUGGCCUACCAUGGGCGGAGAGAUGUGGAGCAGUAUGUGCUGGCCAUCAUGAACAUUGUUGCCAAACUUUUCCAGGACUCGAGUCUGGGAAACAUCGUCAACAUCCUCGUCACUCGCCUUAUCCUGCUCACGGAGGACCAGCCUACUCUGGAGAUCACCCACCACGCUGGGAAAUCACUGGACAGCUUCUGUAAGUGGCAGAAAUCCAUCAUGAGCCACAGUGGCCAUGGCAACGCCAUCCCAGAGAACGGUGUGGCCAACCAUGACACAGCUGUGCUCAUCACACGCUAUGACAUCUGCAUCUACAAGAACAAACCCUGCGGCACUCUAGGCCUGGCCCCUGUGGGUGGGAUGUGUGAGCGUGAGAGGAGCUGCAGUAUCAAUGAAGAUAUUGGCCUGGCCACAGCAUUCACCAUUGCCCACGAGAUCGGGCACACGUGAGACCAGGGGACAUGGGGUAGGGGAGGGUGAGAGGAGCUAUAUGGGUUCCAUCAGUGCCUAGCAGAGCUGACACCCCUCUCCUCAGAUUCGGCAUGAAUCACGAUGGUGUGGGGAACGGCUGCGGGGCCCGUGGUCAGGACCCAGCAAAGCUCAUGGCUGCCCACAUUACCAUGAAGACUAAUCCAUUCGUGUGGUCAUCAUGCAGUCGAGACUACAUCACCAGCUUUCUGGACUCGGGCCUGGGGCUUUGCCUGAAUAACCGACCUCCCAGACAGGACUUCGUGUACCCAACGGUGGCUCCUGGCCAGGCCUAUGAUGCUGAUGAGCAGUGCCGAUUCCAACAUGGAGUCAAAUCGCGUCAGUGAGGUCUGCAGCGAACUGUGGUGUCUGAGCAAGAGCAAUCGGUGCAUCACCAAUAGCAUCCCAGCUGCUGAGGGAACACUGUGCCAAACGCACACCAUCGACAAAGGGUGGUGCUACAAACGAGUAUGCGUCCCCUUCGGGUCUCGACCAGAGGGUGUAGAUGGGGCCUGGGGACCGUGGACUCCAUGGGGCGACUGCAGCAGGUCAUGUGGCGGUGGUGUGUCAUCUUCCAGUCGUCACUGCGACAGCCCUAGGCCAACCAUCGGGGGCAAGUACUGUCUAGGCGAGAGACGGAGGCACCGAUCCUGCAACACUGAUGACUGUCCCCCUGGCUCCCAGGACUUCAGAGAAAUGCAGUGCUCUGAAUUUGACAGUGUUCCUUUCCGUGGAAAGUUCUACACGUGGAAGACAUAUCGAGGAGGGGGCGUGAAGGCCUGUUCACUGACUUGCCUAGCAGAAGGCUUCAACUUUUACACGGAGAGAGCAGCAGCUGUGGUGGAUGGCACACCCUGCCGCCCCGACACAGUGGACAUUUGUGUCAGUGGCGAAUGCAAGCAUGUGGGCUGUGACCGGGUGCUGGGUUCUGAUCUCCGAGAAGACAAAUGCCGAGUGUGUGGGGGUGACGGCAGUGCCUGUGAGACCAUCGAGGGGGUCUUCAGCCCAGCUGUACCAGGAAGUGGGUAUGAGGACGUCGUCUGGAUCCCCAAAGGCUCUGUCCACAUUUUCAUCCAAGAUCUGAACCUGUCCCUUAGUCACCUGGCCCUAAAGGGGGACCAGGAGUCUCUGCUACUGGAAGGACUACCCGGGACCCACCAACCUCACCGCCUUCCCCUGGCUGGGACCACCUUUCAUCUACGACAGGGCCCAGAUCAGGCCCAGAGCCUAGAAGCCCUGGGACCCAUUAAUGCAUCUAUCAUCAUCAUGGUGCUGGCCCAGGCAGAGUUGCCUGCUCUCCGCUACCGCUUCAACGCACCCAUUGCCCGGGAUGCACUGCCUCCCUACUCCUGGCACUAUGCCCCCUGGACCAAAUGCUCAGCCCAGUGUGCAGGCGGCAGCCAGGUUCAAGUGGUGGAGUGCCGAAACCAGCUGGACAGCUCAGCAGUGGCCCCGCACUAUUGCAGUGCCCACAGCAAACUGCCCAAGAGACAGCGUGCCUGCAACACAGAACCAUGCCCACCAGAUUGGGUUGUAGGAAAUUGGUCACGAUGCAGCCGUACUUGUGAUGCUGGUGUGCGAAGCCGCUCAGUGGUGUGCCAGCGCCGGGUGUCUGCUGCAGAGGAGAAAGCCCUGGACGACAGCGCCUGUCCACAGCCACGCCCACCUGUGCUGGAGGCCUGCCAGGGCCCAAUGUGCCCUCCUGAGUGGGCAGCCCUGGACUGGUCUGAGUGCACCCCAAGCUGCGGGCCUGGCCUCCGCCACCGAGUAGUCCUUUGUAAGAGUGCAGAUCAGCGGUCCACGCUGCCCCCUGGGCACUGCCCUCCCUCAGCCAAGCCACCAGCCACUAUGCGAUGCAACCUGCGCCGCUGCCCUCCUGCCCGAUGGGUGGCCAGCGAGUGGGGUGAGUGCUCCUCACAGUGUGGCCUUGGCCAGCAGCAGCGCACAGUGCGCUGCACCAGCCACACUGGCCAGCCAUCUCGAGAGUGCACCGAGGCCCUGCGGCCAUCCACCAUGCAGCAGUGUGAAGCCAAGUGUGACAGCGCGGUGCCCCCUGGGGAUGGCCCAGAAGAAUGCAAGGAUGUGAACAAGGUGGCCUACUGCCCCCUGGUGCUCAAAUUUCAGUUCUGUAGCCGAGCCUACUUCCGCCAGAUGUGCUGCAAGACCUGCCAAGGCCGCUAGGGGUGUGCAGCACCAGGAGCCACCCCAGAGCACAGGCUAAGGGGAAAGCCCACCGGAGAGGGCCUGAGGGAGUGGGGGCUGGGACUGAACAGUGAGAUGUAUUUGAAAGUUAUUUAUUGGGUAACCCCUAUAGAACUCCUGGCUAGGGAAUGGAGAAGAGCUGGCUGCCCCAGGGACCCUCUCCUUGCCCAGUUGACAGUGGAGAGGACUGCCCCUUGUUGCACACAUCUUUAAGUCCCCAACACUCCCCCCACCUUUGAUCGGAAUAUGUACUGUGAAGAGUGGGGGUGGGGAGGGGGUAUGCCGGUGCCCUGCCCCCCAGCACUGUUCUAUCCCUCCACUCUGAGCUGGGGGGAUUUAUAUCUGCUAUGGGGAGUGGGAUUAAUACCACCUCCCUGUGGCCCUCCUCCAGACUGACCAGGGGAAAGAUCUGCCCCAACCUCCACCCUGCUUGCCCCAGGGGGAGCCCAACAUCUAGGCUACCCCCACCAUGGUGCUAACCAGCCCUACCCUGGGGCCCACACACUCCUCACCAAGAAGCAUUACAUCAAUAAAGUUCUGUCUUGUAUAGAUUUCUGCUCACGAA